GUCAAAGGGUAGUCGCGACUAUGUACUUAGUAUAGUUUCGUCAAUGAUCUCAUUAAACAAUUAAACUCAAUUCUUUAAUAUCGAUAUCCUUUUCUUGUUUCGGUCUUAAAUCCGACGACAACAACCAUAAAAACCAAUGCGUGCGAGUUCACUGCUAUAAGUCUAGCAAGGCCGAGAAUCAAAAUUGCCCGAGACGCCACCUAAAAUCCCCUUGAGCUACCGAACACAAACAAAUUCUUUUCUCUUUCGACCCAAUGAACAACACCAUUGUCGAACAAUUCGACGAUGUCACCGACUCGACGGAUUGGCUGUCAACGCCAAUAUCCGGUCUUGCAGCUGUAGAAGCAGCUCUCCGAUGCCAAGUUUGCAAGGAUUUCUACAAAACACCGAUGCUGACUUCGUGCAACCAUACCUUCUGCUCCAUAUGCAUUCGCCGCGCCCUUUCCAACGAUGGAAAGUGCCCCUUAUGUCGCGCAUCCGAACAAGAAAUGAAACUACGUAGUAAUUGGUCCAUGGAAGAGGUUGUCGCUACAUUUACAAAAACUCGCCCUGAUGUUUUGCUAUUUGCGAAGAGGUCGCAGGAGGCGACAGGAGAGUCAGCAAAAAGAAAAUUGGAAGACACAGAGAGCUUUGAGUCGAGUAGCCAGCCAUCGAAAAAGAGGUUACGAUCUUCAACAAGAUUAAGCAAAUCGAGGAGCAUGGAGAUAACUUCAGAGAUGGCAUGCCAGGAGAUCGAAAUACCUGACCAAGACCUGACGGAUUUCGAACCUAAAGACGGUUUAGUCGCAUGUCCAAUUUGCCUGCAGCGCAUGAAGCCACUCCAGGUAGAUAGGCAUCUUGACACAUCCUGCCCCGGCGAACCGCAACCGCAACAAAAUAUAUCUUCGAAUCGAGAUUCACGAUCAACGAGUACACCGAAUGGAUUCUCCGCCCCAUCACCCAGAAAACCACCACCGAAAGCCCCAGAACGGCUACCAGCGAUAAAUUACUCAAUGCUCAAAGAACCGCAACUCAAGAAGAAAUUGGUAGAGCUAGGCAUAUCGACAACGGGUAAUCGGUUAAUGCUAGAAAAAAGACAUAAAGAAUGGACCACAAUAUGGAACGCAAACUGCGAUUCUCAAUAUCCAAGACGAAAAGCAGAACUCUUACACGACUUGGACACGUGGGAGCGCACAGUGGGUGCCAAAGCACCGACGUCCUCUAAAUCGUUCGUCGUAGGGGCUCAGAUCAAGGAUAAGGAUUUCGACGGUGCUGCAUGGGCCGCGAAACACGAUAAUUCGUUCAAAGAUCUAAUAGCUAAUGCGCGGAGGAAUAAGGCCUUUGUAGAGCGUGGUACUAAUAAGUUAGAUGAGGCGGCGCCGACUAACGGUAUAAAAAGUAAUAGUGGGGAUGAGCCUACGCCGCAGGCGGAUACGGAGAUGUUAGCUUCGCUUGAAGAUUCCAAGGAACCCCAAGCGCCAGUCGACUCGGUUACUCAAGCUGCCGGAAUAAUUGAUUUAACACGCGAAAUAGCAUCAUCAGAUGCGUCAGACGCGGCACUCUCAGAUGGGGAGGGUGGGACGGCAGAUAUAGGUGCUUCAUCAAGAACAACAGUGAUAUCAUGAGACA